AAUUUGUUUUUCAUUGCAGUUCCUCUUCAGGUUCAGGUAAGAUGGUGCAAAGAGAGGCCACCACAGGUAAAGAUUCCACUGGAGAAACCUCAGUUUGUUUUUCACUGCGUUCCUCCUGAGGUUCAGGUAAGAUGGUGCAAAGAGAGGCCACCACAGGUAAAGAUUCCACUGGAGAAACCUCAAUUUGUUUUUCACUGCGUUCCAUCUGAGGUUCAGGUACGAUGGUGCAAAGAGAGGCCACCACAGGUAAAGAUUCCACUGGAGAAACCUCAAUUUGUUUUUCACUGCGUUCCUCCUGAGGUUCAGGUAAGAUGGUGCAAAGAGAGGCCACCACAGGUAAGAAGUCUACUGGAGAAACUUUAGUUUGUUUUUCAAUAAGUUUAUCUUGAAAUUCAGGUACGAUGCUGGAAAGAGGAGCCACUACAGGUAAAGAUUCCACUGUAGACACCUCAAUUUGUUUUUCAUUGAGCUCCUCUUUAGGUUCAGGUAAUAUGGUGCAAAGAGUGCCCACCACAGGUAAAGGUUCCACUGGAGAAACCUCAGUUUGUUUUUCACUGAGUUCCUCUUGAGGUUCAGGUAAAUGUUGCAAAGAGAAGCCGCCACAGGUAACGAUUCUACUGG